UAGAAUUGAUCAAAAUAAACUAACGCUUUGAAAUGACCGUGGCACGGAGCAGACGUCAAAAAUCAUAAGUUGCGAUAGUAACUGAGCUUCCUUCGUGGAACCGAAAUGGACCAAUAUUAACCAGGCUUGUUAAAAUAAAGCUGGGUUUUGUUUGUUUGUUUGUUUGUUUGUUUGUUGUUGCGUUAUCUCGCUUCGUAUAACACCCCUUCCUCCUUCCUGGCGGAGGGAUCCAUGACGUCACUUGUUGUUUGGAAGAAAGAAACACGGUACCUAGACCUGAAUCUGUCCUUUUAUCACUCCUACACAUUUUAUGACUAAAUAAAAUCGAACCAUGUCUACCCCUGCAAGGAGGCGCUUGAUGAGAGACUUCAAAAGACUUCAAGAAGACCCACCAACUGGUGUGAGUGGUGCUCCCUCAGAAAACAAUAUCAUGUUGUGGAAUGCCGUUAUUUUUGGACCUGUAGGAACGCCGUUUGAGGAUGGAACGUUUAAACUCGUGAUAGAAUUUUCAGAAGAAUAUCCAAAUAAGCCUCCUACAGUUCGAUUUAUCUCCAGAAUGUUCCACCCAAAUGUUUAUGCAGAUGGCAGUAUAUGUUUAGACAUUCUUCAGAAUCGCUGGAGUCCUACAUACGAUGUGUCCUCGAUUCUGACAUCUAUCCAGGUUUGUGGCUGGUAUGACCCACAGCCCCGUACCAGUCCACAGCUUGAUGUCCUUGCUGGAUGAGCCUAACCCCAACAGCCCAGCCAACAGCCAGGCGGCGCAACUCUACCAAGAAAACAAGCGGGAGUACGAGAAGAGAGUUUCUGCCAUUGUGGAGCAAAGCUGGGCCGACUCCUAAUGCUCAUAAUUCAUGUGCUCUAGUGCCAUUCAUCAGGUUUUCAGUCUCUCAUUUUACAUAUCUCGGACACACACAUGAAAGAAACUGGUCCGCUGCAAGUGGAGAUCCAAUCUGUAAGGAUUCCUUUACCGACAUUUUUGAAAUGAUCGUGCUUUUGGUUUGAUGUUCAUUUUUUUUUUUUUUUUUUUUUUUUUUUUUUUUAAGUUUCAUCAUAAGUUAUUGUUAAAAGAGUUUAUAAUGUUUUACAAUAACUCCAGGAUUAUUGGCACCCUUAAUGAGAAUUGUGCAAAAGAAUGAUGUAUAACAUGAAUAACACUUUCAAGAUUUUGAGCUCAACAUUUUCUUAACUAUUUUUUUUCCUGUGGAAAAAGGUUUCAGGAUGAUCCGUACAGACACACUGAUUGGUGAAGCCUCCCUGAGAAUAGAAUAAAUAAGAAAAAAGAACAGUAGAAUAAAACGGACUGUUAGUUUUGUGCGUUUGGAGUCGCCCUCUUCAAUUCAGACCUUUUAGUUCAAUUUAGUUUUUCACCUUGAUGAGAGAACACAAUUCAAAUUAUUGUUCCGGGACUCAGAUGUUUAGGUGCUACAUUUUGUUCGUUGCUCUCAGGAAGGCGGUGGCUUAGUGGUCAGCACGUUCACCUCACACGUCCAGGGUCUGGGGUUCGAUUCCCAGCGUGGCCCUGUGUGUGCGGAGUUUGCAUGUUCUCCCCGUGCUCCUCCGGGUACUCCGGUUUCCUCCUCCACAGUCCAAAGACGUGUGUCUAAAGUGUCCGUAGUGUAUGAAUGCGAGUGUGUAUGUGAUUGUGUGAUGGAUUGGCACCCUAUCCAGGGUGUACCCCGCCUUGUGCCCGAUGCUUCCUGGGAUAGGCUCCAGGUUCCCCGUGACCCUGAAGGAAGGAUAAGCGGUAUGAUAGAUGGCUCUCAGGAAGGGCUUCUUUUGGUUAACCUUCUAAACAUUUGAGUUGUUCAGGAGCUGACAACUAAUUAUUGAUUUUGAAAAUGGACAACCCACAAAUCGACUAAACUGUGCAGUUUUGAAACGGAUCUUUGGGUCGUGUUUGCCGUCCUCACGGUGGUGGCAGUGUGUUCAUGAAUCCCCUUCCUAUAAAAUUUUAAGCUGUUAGAGAUUUGAACUUUUUUAUGUUCCUGAUUGUGCUUAAUGGUAUUUUAAUUGUAUAUGUAUUUUUAUAUCACGCUGUGUUCAAAGAUUUUUGGUUGUCCCUAUUGCGCUGUAUGACAAAGGGGUUUUGAAAGAAAUCAAGCUGAAGUGAAUUCUCUUAGUGUUUGUGUGAGCUAAAUAUGAUUAAUCUCUGCAGAGUUUAUUGUAUGUAUUAAUUAUUUCUCAUUUCCCUGAAGGAUGCCAACAAUUCUGGAGUUUAUUAAUAUAUUACUGAUUUAUUUGUAGACUUUUUUGAAGUUAACAAAAAGUGAUGUAUAAUGGUGUAAAUCCUUAAAUUAUUUAAAGUAUAACCUUACAUACAAAAUAGCUUUUUUGGGGUUUUUUUUUGUUGUUGUUGUUGUUGUUGUUGUUUGUUUUGGGUUUUUUUUUUUAAUUAAAUCAAUCAUGGCAGUAAGACACUACAGAAUUCUACCCAUGUCACUUUUCUUGUGUCUCUUUUGUUACAAACACACACACACACACACACACACACACACACACACACACACACACACAUAUAUAUAUAUAUAUAUACACACACACUGUCCUAUAUAGAAUUAUAGAAGCCAAAUUAAAAAAUACUUUAAGAACAAAAAUGUGUGGGUUAUAUCCUGAGUAAUAAGACAGCUUUGAUGAUAGCUUUUCUAUAAUCAUGGUCUUUUGAAAUCUAAGGGUGGGUUCUUAAUAUGCAUAUAAAAUUUUUCGGUCAUUCAAAAUGUUUGUCUUGCUAAUAAUAUAAUAAAAAAUGUAUACUUUUGUUAUCUCAGGUCAAAUUGAUAUGUUGCUACAUUUUUUUUUUUUUUACAAAGCAUUAUCAUGAAGAAAUUUAAGUAUGGUUGUGGUUUUAAAUGAUAAUUUACCCAAUUUCCCCUUGGGGAUCAAUAAAGUAUUCUACUAUCUAUCUAC